CUGUUUGUAAUUAGUCUUUCGUUCUUUCGUAAACUUCCGUUCAUGUGAUAUUUUGAGACAAUUUUCAAUAUGUACAAAUGGAUAAUAUAUCCCAUUUAAACAUGCCAGGGUUUAGCGGAGGUCAAAGUUCCUCUACAUCGAUAACAGUACUAAAUAUCUGCAUUUGUUGUUUGGGAAAAAAUGUCCCGCUGGUGAAUCUAACAAAUUGUAAACACGCAGAGUUUUUUGAAUAUAUCCUUCGGGUUAAGUUAGACUAUUCAGCAACUUUUGUCUGCUAUGCAUGUCAUGGCACACUCAAAGAUAUUUACCAGUUCAAGAGGCAGGUGGAAGAUAGCCUUUCUAAUCUUAACAAACAGGUUAAAAACUUAGAUUGGAACAACACAAAACUAUCUAAACUCACGCAUGCUGAUAUAGAAAUAUUCCAUACUCAAAACUCACAGCCCCUUGAAAAAGAGGUCAUCAAAAUAAAAACUGAAGUUAAAAUCGAAAUUGAACUCGAACAGGAAUACUCUGAUCCGGAGAAUGAUGUUCCAUUAUCGAUGAUAAAAGAAAAAGACAAAGGUCCUAAAACUCCAUUCUUCUUAAAUAGGAAUCCGGAGAAUGAUAUCCCAUUAUGGGUGAUUCAUGAAAAAAAUAAAGAUCCUAAAUCUCUAUUCUUCUCAAAUAGGGAUCCGGAUAGUGUCCCAUUACCGGUGAUUAAAGAGAAAAAUAAAGAUCCUAAUGUUUCAUUCUUCUCACAUAGGGAUCCAAGGGAUGUCCCGAUACCGAUGAUUAAAGAAAAACUUAAAGACCCUAAUAUUUCAUCCUUAUCACAUAGGGAUGUUACCAAUGACCCAUUAUGGGUGAGUACAGAGAAGUAUAAAGAUCCUAAUACUCCAUUUCUUGUACAUAGGGCUCCAGAGAAUGAUAUCCCAUUACAGAACAAUACAAAUCCUAAUAUUUCAUUCUCCUCACAUAGGGAUCUGGUGACCGGUGACCCAUUAUGGGUGAUUGCAGAGAGAAAUAAAGAUCCUAAUAUUCCAUUCCUUGUACAUAGGGCUCCGGAGAAUAAUGUCCCAUUACAGGGGAUUAAAGAAAACAAUACAGAUCCUAAUACUUCAUUCUUAUCACAUAGGGUUCCAGAGAAUGUUCCAUUACCGGAGAUUAAAGAGAAAGAUAAAGAUCCUAAUACUCCAUACUUUGUACGCAAGUAUCAAGGAAAGAUUAAAUUAGUGGAUUUAAAUAAGGACGAAAUGUGGGAGGAGAGGAGAAAAGAAGCGGCGAAACAGAAGUAUUUGAAAUUGCCAUACAAAUGCGAGAGUUGUAUUGUCGGGUUCUCCCUUGAGCCUAGUUUGGAAGAACAUAUGGAAAAAAGGCAUACUGAGACAAGCGGAAGCGUCACAUGUGCGAUAUGUAAGGUGACAACUUCCGUGGCUGGUUUAGAGAAACACCUGAAACGGCAUUAUAGGAGGGUCGACUGUGGCGUGUGCGGGGCGCGUUACAACACGAUGGACGCCGCGCAGGCGCACUACGACAAGAUGCAUGAGACUUCACCUAAACACAAGUGCGAGGAAUGUGGAUAUACUACGAAUUCCCAACGCAACUUGCGCCGUCAUCGUGACAGCCACAAGGGCAAAGUGAGCUGCGACCAAUGUGGGAAACAGUUCGUCAACAGUAUGAGCCUCAAAGAACACAAGAAGACAAUCCACAAAGCCACAAACCGCACGUACUCCUGCGCGGAAUGCUCUAAAGUGUACCGGGUCAGCGCCAGCUUCCUGGCUCACACGAGGGCCGCGCACGGAGCGGGCAGCGGCGCCUACUGCCAGCCCUGCAACAAGCACUUCCGCAACAAAACGUGCCUCAAGACACAUCUGAAUACGAGCAGCAAACAUGCGGGUGAAAAUGAUAAAAAAUUCGUGUGUAGCGAGUGCGACGCGCGCUUCUUUAUGGAGCGCCAGCUGAAAGAUCAUGUCGAGUGGACGCACCUCAAAAACAACAAGCAUAAGUGCGACGAGUGCAAUAAAGUAUACAAAAGCAGUACUGCGUUGAGGUAUCACAUAAAAUGCAUACACGAGAAAAAUACACCACCCAAGAAUAAGAUAUGCGACCACUGCGGCCGCGGGUUUACGACGACGAAAACCUUGCGCACGCACAUUCGCACACACACGGGCGAGCGGCCGCUCGCGUGCGCGCACUGCCCCGCCACCUUCGCGCACCCCGCCGCGCGUUACACGCACAACAAACUAAUACACAAACAAAAAACAAAGUUGACUUGAGACAUUAGAAUAGAGAAUCUGCAGUA